AUGGCGAAGUCCAGAAACGGUCUGACGGCCGUUGGCCUGUCUCUUUUGGGAGCGUUUUUAGCCUUGUUGGCGUUCGUGACGAAGAGCUGGUUGGUCACGGAUGGGCGAUUGAAGCACCCGAAAUUCGAUAGGAUCGGUUUAUGGGUAGUAUGUUUUAAAGAUUUUGAAGACCCUCGUCAUUGGUAUGACACAAGAUUCCAUAGUUGUUGGUGGGUGUUUGAAGAAGAAUAUUAUAUUAUCGAUGAUAUUUUAUUCAAAGGUUUUUAUAUUGCCACUCAGUUUUUUUUUUCAACUUGUGUUCUCUUCACUGUGUUUGGUUUAUUCUACUCUAUGCUUUAUAUGUAUCUAAAUAGAGCUCAUGAACGUUAUGUUCAGAUUCUACUUAGAGCGGCAAUACUUCACUUAGCUGCAGCUAUAUGCAGUACUAUUGCUCUGAUGAUAUUUGGAUUAUAUGGAGACAGUAGAGUAUGGUUGCCAAAUUGGGAACACAAUGAUAUAGGAUGGAGCUACGGAGUAGCAGUUGCAGGAACUAUUGCCCUUUUUAUCAGUGGAGUAUUGUAUGGAAUAGAGUGUCGGGUACACAUGUUUAAACGUAAAAAAAUGGCUACUCGAAGAGACAAUUACAACUAUGGUGCAGAUGACAUAAAACGAAUGUCUCACACUGUCAUAUAA